AUGUCUUUGAAUCAGAUGCAAUGCAAGCAGGAAAUCACUCUCCCAUCUGGCCUGGGCAAAACGGUUUCAAAGGAAAAUCAAGAGCCAGAGCCCUGCGUUGAGCCUGUCCCAUGCCCUCAGCAGCAUCAGUCUGAAGCCCAAGUCACAGAAGUGACUGCAGUCGUAGUGGUGCAGUAUCCAGAAGAAACAGAGCCAUUGCCAGCACCAUCAGUGGAACCAGGCAAGGGAGAAGCACCAGCAGUCGUGAUACCUGAGUGCCCAGCCCAAGAGCAGCAGCAGCAGCAGCAAAGCAAGCUACCAGCAAAUUUCCCUCCAGUAUCACAGCCUGAACCUGUUGCAUGCUCCCAAGAGAAGUCAGCAUGCAAAGAGCUGCCAGAGCCAGUACUUGCUGUCUGCCCUGAAGCUGUCUCCCAGCAGAAGCAGGAGUGCAAGGAGAUCCCUGUGCAAGACCCUGUUGCCUCUCCUGAACCUGCAAAGUGUCCUCAGGAGAAGCAGGAGCACGAGGAGGUCCCUGUGCCUGUUCCUGUCCAAAACCCCGAGCCUGUACCCUGUCCCAAGGAGAAGCAGGAAAGCAGGGAGGUCCCUGUGCCAGAACCUGUUCAAGAGCCUGAACCUGCACCGUGUCCCCAACAGAAGCAGGAGUGCAAAGAGAUCCCAGUGGUGGUCCCUGUCCAAAACCCUGAGCCUGCACCCUGCCCCCAGGAGAAGCAGGAAUGCAAAGAGGUCCCCGUGCCCGCCCCAUGCCCUGCAGAGAAGCAGGAGUGCAAAGAGAUCCCAGUGGUGGUCCCUGUUCAAAAUGCUGACCCUGAACAAUGUCCCCAGGAGAAGCAGGAGUGCAAGGAGGUCCCUGUGCCAAUCCCUGCACCCGGCCCAGAGCCAGAGCAGAGCUCCCUUCCUGAGAAGCAUCCUCCCCUUGAGCAGCAGCAGGUAAAACAGCCCAGCCCGUGGCCACUGGCACAGAAAUAACUUGCAGCUGGCAAGGGAAGCCCCAAAGAGAGAAGCAGGAUGCAAGACCUCCCCCCAUAUCUCA